AUGGCAAUCGUGCAAAAAUUCCACACAAUUGUUGGCGGAAAGUCCGUCGACGACUUUGAAAUCGACCAAAACCCUCGGCAAGCGAAUGCAGACGACAAGGAAGCCGGGCCUGCUCCCGUUAAUGAUUUAUCUAUCAAUGAAGAGGCCAAACCGGCUGAGAAUGCGCAAGCCGGUGCCCAAAAAAUCGAGGCUGUGACUAUAACCUGGAAAAGGUCGUCGAUGUAUACGAUUUUGGUUCUCAUCUGGUUCCUCACAUUAGUCAACAACUUCAAAUCUUCUAUUGUACUUAGCUUGACUCCCUAUGCUACGAGCUCUUUCUAUGGCCAUUCCUUGUUGACUGUCAUCACCAUCGUGGCAAAUGCGAUGACGGCUGCGGUUUAUAUUCCCAUGGCCAAGGUGCUAGAUCUUUGGGGUCGUGCGGAAGGCUUCCUCGUAAUGCUUGUGUUCUGUCUUCUGGGUUUGAUUAUGUUGGCUUCAUCUCAUAAUCUCCCUACUUACUGUGCUGGAGAGGUCUUCUAUUCAGUCGGUUUCGGAGGUCUUGCUUACAGUUGGGAUGUGCUCGCAACCGAUGUGACCAAUUUGAGAAAUCGAGGUUUGGCAUUUGCUUUCACCUCAUCUCCGGCUUUGAUCUCAGCAUUCGGUGGAUCCAAGGCCGCCGAAGCGUUCUUGAACAAUGUCAACUGGCGAUGGGGCUAUGGAAUUUGGGCAAUUAUAUUGCCAUUUUUUGCCCUGCCCAUCUACCUCUUGCUAGCCUACAAUCUGAACAAGGCCAAGAAAAAUGGUAUCCUUGUAAGGGAAAAGGAGAACCGAAAGUUCAACCUGCAGACAAUUUGGUGGGUUAUUACAGAAUUUGAUCUUCCUGGAGUUGUUCUUUUCGCUGGUGGCUUUGUCGUGUUCCUUCUCCCUUUCACUCUGGCAGCCACCGCGCCUCACGGUUGGCAGACGGGUUAUAUUAUUGCAAUGAUUGUGGUCGGUCUAAUAGUCAUCAUCAUUUUUGGGUUUUAUGAGACUUUCUUAGCCCCUGUGCCAUUCCUGAACUAUAAAUUCCUAACUGACCGGACUGUUCUCGGUGCAUGUCUUCUGGAUAUGACUUAUCAAAUCUCCUACUACUGCUACGCCAGCUACCUCUCAUCCUUUUUGCAGGUAGUGUACGAGCUGGACGUGGCUACAGCUGGAUACGUCUCAAACACAUUCAGUGUGGUCUCCUUCGUCUUCUUGUUCCUGACCGGCUGGCUCAUCCGCGUAACCGGUCGAUUCAAGUGGAUUCUGUGGUUCUGUGUUCCACUGUACAUCUUCGGACUUGGAUUGAUGAUUCAUUUCCGGCAACCUGGAGGAUAUAUUGGAUACAUUGUCAUGUGUGAGAUCUUUUUCUCCGUUGCUGGCAGUAUAUUCAUCCUUUGCGUACAACUGGCAGUUCUCGCUGCUGUUGAUCAUCAACAUGUUGCUGCCGUGCUUUCAUUGCUAUUCGUUAUGGGCAGUAUUGGUGAUGCGGUCGGCAGUGCCAUCUGUGGGGCCAUCUGGACAAACACAUUUUUGAAAGAACUUGAAAGAAAGCUGCCAGAAUCCGCUUUGCCCAAUUUGUCUCUCAUCUACGAAAGUCUCCCCGAGCAGCUCAGCUUCCCGGUUGGAAGUCCCACGCGUGACGCAAUCGUGAGUGCCUACGGCUACGCACAGGUAAGAAUGCUUGCUGCCGGUACGGCCUUCAUGGUUCUGGGUUUUAUCUGGGUUGGUAUGAUGAAAGACAUUAAUGUUAAGAACAAGACACAGACUAGGGGUAAUGUUCUUUAA